CUGCUGCCACAAUGGCUACGACAGGACUGUAUAAAAUAGGUGAUGGAAGCAACUCUGCAAGUAACGGCUUCCCUGCCAGGCACAUCUUGUGCACAAGUAAAGGGGCUGGGCGCUGGGUGCUGACACACAGAGCUGUCCCAAGGGCUUGGACUGAGAAGGAGACCUCCAGGAAGACACCACAGCAGAGGAGAAAGCCCCCAAAGUCUGCCUGCAUGGGGAACAAUAAUGAGCACCAUGUCCUAGAUGAGCCAUUUCUGAUGAAGCACCACCGUUUGAAGAACCCCUCUGACCUGUGCUCUGUGAACAUAAGCAGCCAAAAUCUGGUCUCAGCUAAAGAAGAUGAUUUUGAGAAAUUUGAUUGCGUUGCUUUUAUAAACGCUGCUGAGAACCUGCUGACACUUGAACCAUUCCGGAAGUUUCCAGGAUUGAGGGAACUGGAACUUUCCUUGAAUGGACUAAGAAAUCUGAAGAUCACUGCUGGAGAGUUCCUGCAUUUGGAAGAUCUGGAUCUCUCCUACAAUAACUUGUCCCCCCAGGACAUUAGGACAUUGGGAGACUUGUCCCAGCUCAAAGUCCUUCGCUUGACGGCCAACAGGCUUCGGUCCCUGCCUCUGGACCUGGAGUAAGCGCACACAAGUGGUGCUUGGAACUCUCCUCAGUUAAAGUUUCCAUCUCUGGAGGUCUUGUCACUGGACGACAACCAUCUGUCAGACCCAAGUGUCUUUGUGAGCCUGUCCCAUCUCCGCUGCCUGAAGGAGCUGAAUCUGGACAGGAACAGGAUUUCGGCUGUCCCCUACCUGCGCCAAGCAGAGAGCAGGCACUUCUUCCUGCACCCCACGCUGGACCACAGCAGCUUCAGGGCACAGUGGUACAACUCCUUGAGCAGCCCCUGGCACCAGCCCCAGCCAUCACAGCAGGAGAGCAUGGAGGUGCCAGGAGAGCUGGAAGCUGAGAAAGGUCAGAUUGAAUGUGUCAUGCUACAGAAUGAAGGGGAUCCAGACAGGAUGGGUGACCUCUGGAGCAGUGUUUCUGCUCACACUCUUCCUCCUCUCUUUCAGGUUGUUCCCAAGGAGGGAGAAUCAUCUACCUCAAAGCCUCUGCUGGCUCCUUCCACACACAGGAACAUUCGUGCUCCCUUUCCUGAACUGAGGAGUCUCAGCCUGGCCUUCAACAAGAUUGCAGACGAGGCAGCUCUCCUUCCUGUGGCCUUCUUCCCCAGCCUGAAGGAGCUGACGUUUCACAACAACCCUCUUACCACCACCCGCAGCGGGCAGCCUCCUCUGCUGACCUGGCUCCUCCAGCACAAUCUGGGCAUUAAACUUGUGCGACAGAAGAGCCCAGCCACGGAGAGGUGGCACGUCUCCAUCCCGCUCAAAGCCAGCCGCAAGGUCACAUCACAUCUCCCCAAAGUCACAAAGCAGCCGCGGAUGCUGGAAGCUCCUGCCAGGACCUUUCUGAGGACACGGCUCCCAUCUGCAGCGGAGGCUGUGAGAGAUGCAGCACCUCCAGGUCCAGCCCAGCCACUGCUCCCCAGCAGCUCCAUGACCACAACCAGCAGCCAGAGGGUGGUACUGGGGGAAGAGGAAGGUGACUCCAGGCCUCCUCCUGCCUCAGACGAGGAGGACGUUGCAUCCUUCUUCAUGACACAGGUGGAGGAUGUGUCCAGACCCCUGCAGAGACCCAGGGCAGGGGCCAGGCUGGAGAGGAGGAGUGAGCAGAGGGAGGAAGGAAGCUCCCAGGUGGUUCCAGAGCAAUACAAAGGAUACGAGGAGCUGCUCGGUGGAGACACGGACCCGGAUUUUAUUGAGCCAGUUGGGAUCCAGAAGAACGUGCAGGCUCUGUACCAGGUCCUGAACCACCCCCUGGUGUACCGGGAUGCCAGAGCACGACUGGACUGUGUGCAGAAGCCCUUUGUGCCUCGGAGAAAGCACGUGAGGAUGCCCGGCCCUCCUGCCCGGAAGACAAAAGCCGAGAUCCUGGAAGGAAUCCUGGUGGCCAUGAGAAACACCUUGACCUUCACUGAGGUCCCCUUGGCAUCUGUUCUGCAGAGGAGGAAAUCCAGCCCCAGGGAAUACCGGGAGGCACGGAGGCUGAUGGAGGAAUUCCAGGAGGUGUUUGAGAUGUCUCUCCUCGCCCAGGAGAUGGCCAAGCCAUUGGAUGAGGCACAGAUGGGAAAAGCCCUUCCCUCAGAGGCAACAUCCAACCACCCCAAACAGCUACAGCCGCCAGGAAGGAGGGUGACCAAGGAGGUGCCCAGAGUUUAG